ACUGCCCGACGCGGGUCUGAGUUUACGCCGCGAGACGAGACCGACCUCAUCAGCCGACUUCAUUCAGAUGCUCUAGAUACGCCCAUGUCGCUCACACGACAACUUGCUAAAUCCAAGACGAGCCAUGCGCGUGUGAAUCCCGACCUCAGCUCUUCCGACUCCGACGCCGAAGCGUCUUCGCAGCAGAAUCGCGGCCGCCAACCGAAUCACUCACGCUCCAUGAGCAAUCCAUUCCCAUCGCUCUUCGCCGGCCGGAGGAGGCAGGGCUCGGCCUCAAAGCCCUCUGUCGACGUGGAUAAAGCAAACGGUGGCUCUGCUCCCAGUAAUAGGCCUGUGAAUACGCACAAGCGAGGAAGCCCCUCUAUGAGCAAGGACUUUGCUACUGGCAACUGUAUGACAUGCGCCUCGCUCGUAAAGUGGCCCAGGGAGUUAAAGGUCUUCAAGUGUACCAUUUGUAUGACCAUCAAUGACUUGGUUCCAAUUAGUGUUGAUAGCCACGGCUCCAAGCAGCGCCAUGAUACAAGCCCAGGUCCAUCGUCAUCAAAGCAGCCGCCGCUUUCUCCAGGUAUGGCACCAGGACAAGGUCCUAGAGCAAGCCCUUUUGGUCAACUCAAUCUGCCCAUCUCCCUCGACCAGACCAAGUAUCUGGUCCGGCAAAAUCUGCGAUCAUAUGUUCUCAGGAGACUCCGCGGCUUGUCAGCCGAGGCCCGGGCUGAGCAGACUGGCGACGACUGGCCGUUGCAGCAAGAUCGACUACACCCUGAUCUUGUCAUACGGACUCAUGGACCACUGGAUAUCACUCCACAAAGAAAGGGCUCCUUCACCAAGUAUACCUUGAACGAGGAGCCAACACUACAUCCCAAUACCUCAAAUGCCAACCCUCCAAUCGCAAUGUCUAGGUCGUAUCCUUCGUCUUCAAAUGAGCAACCAGGAUUAAGAGGUUCAUCGCCCAACAGCAACAAUAAUCAUACCAGCUCGCGCCCCCGCGAUCGGUCUGCUGGCCAGCCUGAUGAUCCUAGAAAGAUAUUCAAGCAAUUAGAAGACUACAUUACAAAUUGUUUCAAUAACUUUGAAUGUAUCAACUCUUCCUUUUCCACACAGCAUCCUCGAUAUACAUCGAGAUCCGCAAGUGAUACCCCUCGACGUCCUUCAGUCCCCUCAAAGGACGUGCGGCAGCCCGCACAGUUAAAGAGUGCGCCUCUUGACUUGGACCCGAAAUUGUUACUGUUGGGCGAUGUUGCGGAAAAUGGGCUGUGGUGGACCGGGCAGGAUACUAUGGCACCGAAAAGAGCUCCCAACAAGGAGGAGCCGGUUCAUGUUCACAGACCACCUCCACUAACAAGGUCGCCGCAGCUGAAUUGGGCCGAUAUCGACGAAUGGUACUCGGUCGUGAACAAUGCAGCGGAAGGCUGGUUCAAAAUCUACGAAGAGGUCUCGGCGGAUCUGUCUCUGGGCCAUCUUGCUGAGCAAGAGCUUCGUGCCAUCGAGCAGGAUGUGCUCAAGGGGCAGGCUCAUACUCAGCGGUUGCUGUUAAAAGUCACGGAAAACUUGCUGAAAAGACCUGGCCGCCCAAUUAAGGACCCGAUGGAUCUUCGAUUCCUGCUGAUAAUCAUGGAAAAUCCAUCUCUUCAUUCGGAGAAUGAAAAUUUCCAUGGGCUACUUCAGCUAGAGAUGACCAAGUCCAUGCGUUCGAGGCACACGAAUGCAAAUAACCCUGCUGGAAAUUCAGGCCCCCUAUCUGGCCAGUACUCCGGGGUCAUCAAACGAAUACUGGGCUUGAUCUCAAAUGCAUCGGCAGAGUGCCAAAACCAAUUGAUAACUUGGCUGGCUAGGUACCAUGCCGCGCGCUUCAUCAAACUGAAAGAGCUGGCAUCAGGGUUUUUGACGUAUAGGAUGAUCCGACAAAGUGAGAAGAAGCAAACUGAGCAAGCAGUAGACCCAACAGCUGGAUUGAUACCACAGAUGCGAGCUGGUCGGCACGGCGGUGCGUCUCUCCACGAUGCAAUAGGCGGGCCUAGGCCUACCAAGAAGACCAAGGAACCAACCAAGAAGAUAUGCUACUCAGAUGACUGGCAAAUCAAAGCUGCUUCUCGUGUGCUAUCUCUCUUAUUCUUUGCAAACAACAUGAUGCCAACUCGUCGCAGCGAGGAUGCUCAUCCAAAUGGUCAAGUCACUUGGAACGGAGCAGCGCGUGUUGCCGGAUACUUUCUUCCGCCUACCGAUUUCUAUAAUUCCAUGAUAGACUACGCCGACCUCAUUGACGAUUUUGAAUCUUGGGAAUCCAAGAGGGGCAAAUUCUCCUUUUGCCAGUAUCCGUUUCUCCUGAGCAUAUGGGCAAAAACACACAUCCUUGAGCACGAUGCCCGUCGACAGAUGCAAAGCAAAGCUCGAGAUGCCUUUUUCGAUAGCAUCAUGACCCGAAGGAACAUCAACCAAUAUCUAGUCCUUGAUGUACGCCGAGACUGCCUUGUCGAUGACAGUUUAACAGCAGUGAGCAGCGUCAUUGGUAGUGGCGGAGAAGAUUUGAAGAAAGGUCUUCGCAUUUCAUUCCAAGGAGAGGAGGGAAUCGAUGCAGGCGGUCUGCGCAAAGAAUGGUUUUUGCUCCUCAUCCGUGAAGUGUUCAAUCCCGACUAUGGAAUGUUCAUCUAUGAUGACGAUUCGCAAUAUUGCUACUUCAAUCCAAACUCGUUCGAGCCUUCUGACCAGUUCUUUUUGGUUGGUGUUGUUAUGGGCUUGGCUAUCUACAAUUCUACCAUUUUGGAUGUUGCCUUGCCUCCAUUUGCUUUCCGAAAACUCCUCGCUUCAGCUCCUUCCCCCCCUGGGUCAAUCAUAACACAUCGAUCCCCUAUGAGAUAUACGCUAGAUGAUUUGGCUGAAUACCUUCCACGACUUGCGAAUGGAUUAAGACAACUGUUGGCCUUUGACGGAGACGUCGAAGAAACGUUUUGCUUGGACUUUGUCAUUGAAACUGAUAAAUAUGGCUCCAAGGUACAAGUCCCUCUCUGCCCUGGUGGCGAAAGCAAGCCAGUGACAAAUGAGAACCGGCGCGAGUAUGUCGAUCUUUAUGUACGUCACGUCCUUGACGUAGCAGUCAAGAGACAGUUUGAGCCCUUCAAGAGGGGCUUUUAUACAGUCUGCGGUGGUAAUGCCUUUUCCCUCUUCCGACCUGAAGAGAUUGAGCUCCUUAUCAGAGGUUCUGAUGAGCCCCUGGACAUCGCGUCUCUAAGAGCCGUGGCAGAGUAUGAUAACUGGGAGAAUAAGCAACCAGAUGAAACAGAGCCGGUCGUUGGCUGGUUCUGGGAGACGUUUCAACAAGCUACUCCAAGCGACCAACGCAAGCUACUCACAUUUGUUACUGGAAGUGACCGCAUACCGGCGAUGGGGGCUGCGUCGCUAACAAUCAAGCUGUCUUGUUUGGGCGAUGACUGUGGGAGGUACCCCAUCGCCAGAACGUGCUUCAAUAUGCUGUCCCUCUGGCGUUACACUUCAAAGCAAAGACUGGAGUCAAUGCUGUGGAGAGCAGUUCAUGAAAGCGAAGGAUUCGGUCUCAAAUAA